UGUUCAGGGAGCCCUACACAGUCCGUGUGGCCGACCAGCGCUCCAUGCGGGGUAAUGUCGCCGUGUUCAAGUGCCUCAUCCCCUCAGCUGUCCAGGAAUACGUCAGCGUGGUGUCCUGGGAGAAAGACACUGUCUCCAUCGUCCCAGGUAACCGUUUCUUCCUGACCUCAUUUGGCGCUCUGUAUAUCUCAGAAGUGCAGAAGGAAGAUGCUCUGUCCACCUACCGCUGCAUCACAAAGCACAAGUACAGUGGAGAGACUCGCCAGAGCAAUGGAGCCAGGCUCUCUGUUAUGGACCCUACGGAGUCCACCCCGUCAGUGCUGGACAGUUUCCAGUCCGGUGAGGUGCAGGUGGGGCACAGCGUGGAGCUGCCUUGCAUCGCAUCCGGUUACCCAAACCCCACCAUUCGAUGGCUAAAGGAUGGUCGGCCAUUACCUGCAGACUCCCGCUGGACGCGGCGCAUCACCGGCCUCACCGUUUCUGACUUGAGACUUGAGGACAGUGGCAACUACAUCUGUGAGGUCACCAACAGCUUUGGCUCCAAGGAGGUGACAGGUCACCUCAACGUCAUAGAGCCACUGCGGGUCACCCUGUCUCCCAAGAACCUGAAGACAGGGAUCAGCAGCACGGUCAUCCUAUCCUGUGCCGUCCAGGGUUCCCCCCACUUUAUCGUGUCCUGGUACCGUAACACUGAACCUGUCCUGCCCGAUCAGCACUUUUCCAUCCAGGGGGCUCACAAUGAGACAUUAUUCAUUUCCGCUGCACAAAAGAGACACUCGGGAGCUUACCAAUGCUUUGCCACGCGGAAGGGCCAGACUGCCCAGGACUUCUCCAUCAUACUUCUGGAAGAUGGCACACCCCGUAUCGUUGCUUCCUUCAGUGAGCGGGUGGUGGUUCCGGGUGAACCCUUUUCCCUGAUGUGUGCUGCCAAAGGAGCUCCUCCUCCCACCAUCACCUGGACCCUGGACGAUGAGCCUGUCGCCCGGGACCUUUCUCGUGUCAGAGCCAGCCAGUACACGCUCUCCGAUGGCAGCACUGUGAGCCACGUCAACGUCAGCAGCCCGCAGAUUCGCGAUGGAGGAGUGUAUCGGUGCGCCGCACGAAACUCGGCCGGUAGUGCCGAGUACCAAGCGCGCAUAAACGUAAGAGGUCCUCCGAAGAUUCGGCCUAUGAAGAACAUCACUGCGGUGGCAGGAAGAAACACUUUCAUAAACUGCCGUGUGAUUGGGUACCCUUAUUACUCAAUCAACUGGUACAAAGAGGGGCUUCUCCUGCCUGACAACCAUCGCCAGGUGGUGUACGAGAACGGGACUCUGAAGCUCAGCGAUGUACAGAAGGGGAUGGACGAGGGGGCCUAUGUCUGCAGCGUGCUCAUCCAACCCCAGCUGUUCAUCACGCAGACUGUCUAUGUCACUGUCAAAGUUCCUCCACUGAUCCAGCCAUUUGACUUUCCACCGACUUCCAUCGGUAAAUUGAUGUACAUCGCCUGCGUGGUGUCGUCUGGAGACAUGCCCAUACGCAUCACGUGGCGCAAGGACGGGCAGGAGAUUGUGCCCUCCUCGGGCAUCACCAUCGACACCAAGGAAUUCAUGAGCUCCCUCCAGAUAUCCAAGGUGUCGCUCAAACACAAUGGCAACUACACUUGUAUUGCCAGCAAUGAUGCUGCCACUGUCAGCACAGAAAGGCAGCUCACAGUUACAGUCUUCAUCUCACACUCCAUUUCCCUUCUCCUUACAGUCCCAGCGAUGAUCACCAGUCACCCCAACACUACCAUGGCUAAGAAGGGUCACGUGAAGGAGCUGAACUGCACAGCCAGGGGAGAAUGGCCCAUCAUCAUCCGCUGGGAGAGAGGCGACACGGUCAUCGACCCUGACCGCAACCCCCGGUACUCCAUUACCACAAGUCCCAAUGAGAAGACGGACGAGGUGUUGUCUACACUCAAGCUAAAGCCAGCAGAACGUGAGGAUUCAGUCUUCUUCUCCUGUCAUGCCAUCAACUCUUACGGAGAAGGACGAGGUCUUAUCCAACUCACUGUGCAAGAACCCCCAGACCCUCCAGAGUUGGAGGUUCGAGAAGUAAAAGAUCGCAGUAUGAAUCUCCGGUGGACACAGAGAUUUGAUGGAAACAGCGUCAUUACCUCCUACGACAUUGAGUAUAAGAACAAGACAGAUUCCUGGGAGCUGAAACAUGCCACUCGAAACAUCUCUCCCACCAACAAUCAGGCCAACAUAGUGGACCUUCACCCUGCCUCCGUCUACAGCAUCCGCAUGUACUCCUACAACUCAAUAGGCAAGAGCGAGGCCAGUAAGGAACUCACCAUCAGCACAGAGGAAGCACAGCCUGAUGGUCCUCCCAUGGAGGUGAUCCUGCAGCCGGUGACCUCUCAGAGUAUUAGGGUCACCUGGAAGGCUCCCAGGAAGGAGCUGCAAAACGGAGUAAUCCGGGGUUAUCAGAUCGGUUACCGAGAGAAUGGCCCAGGCAGUAAUGGCCAGUACAGCAUUGUGGAGAUGAAGGCCACCGGAGAUAGUGAGGUCUACACUCUGGACAACCUGAAGAAGUUUGCCCAGUAUGGUGUGGUUGUCCAGGCCUUCAACAGAGCUGGCACAGGGCCCUCUAGCUCAGAGAUCAAUGCUACGACACUGGAAGAUGUGCCCAGCCAGCCUCCUCAGAAUGUGCGAGCGAUUUCUGUAACAUCAGAUGAAGCAGUCAUCACAUGGGCUGAACCUCCCAGGAUGACACUGCAUGGCGUAUUGAAGGGAUAUCGUGUUGUGUUCUGGGCUGUCUUUCCGGAUGGAGAAUGGGGUGAAAUGCAAAACAUCACAACCACUAAGGAGCAGGUGGAGCUCAGAGGCUUGGAGAAGUUCACCAACUACAGCAUCCAGGUGCUUGCCUAUACCCAGGCUGGAGACGGGGUCCGUAGCAACGUCCUGUAUAUCCAAACCCGUGAAGACUACCCUGGACCCCCAGCUGGCAUCAAAGCUGUGCCCUCCUCUGCCAGCAGUGUUGUGGUGUCCUGGUUACCCCCUCACAAGCCAAAUGGAAUCAUCCGCAAGUACACCAUCUACUGCUCCAGCCCCGGGUCAGGCCAACCGCUGCCAAGCGAGUAUGAAGCCAAUCCAGAGCUGCUUUUCUACCGAAUCACUCACCUCAACCACCGGCAGCAGUAUCUGAUCUGGGCUGCGGCCGUCACAACUGCAGGCCGGGGUAACUUCAGCGACAAAGUCACUGUGGAGCCAGCGGCCAAGGCUCCAGCUAAGAUCCUGUCAUUUGGGGGCACAGUGACCACUCCUUGGAUGAAGGAGGUGCGACUUCCCUGUAGUUCAGUAGGAGAACCUACACCUACUAUAAAAUGGACCAAAGACAGUGAGGAUACAGCCAUCCCAGUGUCUCUAGAUGGACAGCGUCUCAUUCUGGCCAAUGGGACACUGGUGUUGCGCUCUGUCAAAGCUGAAGAUUCUGGUUACUACACCUGCACGGCCACCAACACACUGGGCUUUGACACUAUCAUAGUCAACCUUUUGGUACAAGUUCCACCAGAUCAGCCUCGUCUAACCGUCUCCACCACCUCCACCUCCUCCAUCACUCUGGCUUGGAUACCAGGAGACAACGGAGGCAGCUCUAUCAGAGGUUUUGUGCUGCAGUACUCUGUAGACAACACAGAGGAAUGGAAAGAUGUUUUCAUCAGUUCUAGUGAGCGCUCUUUCAAAUUGGACAACCUGCGCUGUGGCACCUGGUAUAAAGUUAAGCUGGCUGCAAAGAACAGCGUUGGAGCCGGACGCAUCAGUGAGAUCAUCGAGGCAAAGACCCAUGGACGAGAACCUCAGUUCAACAAGGAUCAGCCCGUCUUCACCCACAUUAACUCCAGCCACGCCCGCCUCAACCUGCAAGGUUGGGCCAGUGGAGGCUGUCCAAUCAGUGCCGUCACGCUAGAGUUUAGACCAAAAGGUACAUGGGCGUGGCAGAAUGUACGGACCAAUGCCACCACAGAUGUGUUCCUGGCAGAGCUGCGUGAGGCCACCUGGUAUGAGCUGAAGAUGAAAGCCUGUAACAGCGCUGGCUGUGGCAACCAAAGCUCACAAUUUGCAACUCUGGACUAUGAUGGCAGCACAAUUCCACCAAUCAAAUCCCCCCUGGAAAAGAACGAUGAUGUCAAGAAGCUGUUUUCUAUUGGCUGUCCUGUGAUCUUGGUCACUCUGGGUGUUGCACUGCUCUUCAUCAUUCGCAAGAAACGCAAGGAAAAGAGGCUGAAGAGACUAAGAGAUGCCAAAAGCCUGGCAGAGAUGCUGAUAAGUAAAAACAACCGCAGCUUUGACACCCCAGUGAAGGGGCCUCCUCAGGGCCCACGGUUACAUAUUGACAUCCCGAGAGUGCAGCUGCUAAUUGAGGACAAAGAAGGCAUCAAGCAAAUUGGUGAGGACAAAGCCACUAUCCCUGUGACAGACACAGAGUUCAACCAAACUGGGAACCCUCAGAGCUUCUGCACAGGUGUGUCUGUCCAUCACCCAGCCCUCAUCCAGAACACCGGCCCUUUGAUUGACAUGUCAGACAUCAGACCAGGAACCAACCCAGUGUCGAGGAAGAGUGUUAAAUCGGCCCAUAGCAUCAGGAACCGCUACUCCAGUCAGUGGACUCUGACCAAGUGCCAGGCCUCCACGCCAGCCCGCACUCUCACCUCAGACUGGCGCACAGUUGGCUCCCAGCAUGGCAUCACUGUCACAGAGAGUGACAGCUACAGUGCCAGCCUCUCACAGGACACAGAUAAGGGUCGCAACAGCAUGGUGUCGACAGAGAGCGCCUCCUCCACCUACGAGGAGUUGGCGAGAGCAUAUGAGCAUGCCAAGCUAGAGGAACACCUGCAGCAUGCCAAAUUUGAAAUUACUGAGUGCUUUAUCUCUGACAGUUCUUCUGACCAGAUGACCACAGGUACCAAUGACAAUGCAGACAGCAUGACGUCCAUGAGCACACCGUCAGAGCCUGGUAUCUGCCGUUUCACUGCCUCGCCACCCAAACCCCAGGACUAUGAUCGUGGCAAGAAUGUAGCUGUGCCCAUUCCACACCGCGCCAAGAGUGACUACUGUAACCUACCCCUCUACAUGAAGUCAGAUCCCUUCUUCCGAAAGCAGUCGGAGCAUCAUGACCCAUGUCCAGUGGUUCCACCACGUGAAGCCUCUAUUCGUGGCCUGGCCCAGCGUGCAUACCACACCCAGGGCCGUCAUGUGACUAUGGACUCUGCAAAGCAGCAGGCCCUAAGCAUGGGCCACUCUGGCCUGUCCAACCUCACUUCCUCUGGGGCUUCCUCUGGAGGAGCAGGAUGCGGUGGUGGAGGUAGUGGGAGUGGAGGGGUCUCUGCUAGCUCUAGCAGCUCCACACUCCCCCAGAGGACUCUCACCAUGCCCGGCUCCUCUGCCUCAGUGGCCCAGAGUGCAGCGGCAGCUGCUGCUGCUACUGCUGCAGCUGCUGGGGCAUCAUCAUCCUCCGGUGGAGGUGGGGUAGCUGGGGCCACAGGAGGGACUCCUGGAGGUGCCUCCUCAUCCUCCUCCAAGAUGGGAGGAUCCAGAGACUCUCUCCUGGAGAGCAGCUCCUCGGGCUUAGGCAGACUACAGAAGCAGAGGGAUGGAGGGGCAGGGGCCUACUCCAAGUCGUACACACUGGUGUAGCCUGCCAUCACUGCGGCCUGUCACUGUAACUCUUAAUAGAAUGCUGGUCAAGCCAGCGCUUGCCUGGAGCCUCUAUGGAAAAGUGGGGUGAGGAACAUACACAUGCACAGCUGACCCGUCAGUGCCUGCGCUGUGCCAAGCUGCAGGGGGCUGGUUGGGUUCCCAUUGACACUACUGUAUGAAGGGGUCAGAGUUGGGUCUCCAUAGCACAGGGGUUUGCCUUUCUUUCUGCCUGAUUGCUUUCUAUUAUUAUGUCAUCUUUCUCUAUCCCCCUUUUUCAUCACCCUGGGAAUCACUUGCCAAAACAUAAAUGAUUUAUCUGUUCAUAUUUUCCUUUUCUGGUAAGGACACAGCACUUAUGCACAAAAUGCUUUCCACAUGCACUGUCUUGUUUUAUGGAUCAAGACAGUCGUAGAAUGAACCAGGUUGCUUGAGUUUUUGAGGUUUUUAGGUUUUCAAAUAUGUUACUUUUCUGGUCUCUGAUGGAAGAAGAGCUCAUAUCACAGCAUUGUGCCAUGGCAGGAUGCUUUUACUGUAUGCAUAAACCACCAGUCUUGGUGUUACACUGGCUCUGAGAGGUUACUCCAUCAUGGAUUCAUACUUUAGAGGCAAUGGAAAGACUGACUGAUUUUCUUAUACAUGCAAUGGAUGACACAGCAUAGUUGUCUUAAUCGAUGCUUUUAUGAACAGACUCAAAUCAGAGCAGAAUAAAAAAUGUCAAGCAUCAUCAAGUGAAAGAUGAAUCCAAACCUUUUUUUCCAUCAGUUUUCUGUUUAUUUUCUGAUGAUGGAAAUAUAAUCUCAUGUGCACUAAGAACAAGUUAGAAUGGAUCCAAGUAACAGAAAUCUUCACAAGCCUGCGUGUGUGUGUGAAUGGGUGUAUAUGUGUAAAUAUAUAUAUGUAUACAUGUGGCAGGCACACACCAACAGUGGACCUUUUUAAAAUCAAUCUGUAUGCUGACCUCUCGGGCAGACGUCUGUGUCAAAACUGACCUCCCACCCACCCACUGUUCAUUUUGUACCUGUGAAAGGGGAUUCUGGGACAGUAACAAUGAUGAUGCUGACGAUGUAACACUAUAAUCCUAAUUUGGUCCAGCAUUUUGAACUUUGUUUUGUUAAGUGUGAUUGACAGCAUUGCUUAGAAAAUGAGAAAUACUGAAGAGUAAGUGGGUUCAAAAGAGAGUAAUUACAGAUAAGAAAGAGGUUCCUUUCUUUAUCUCUUUUCCUGCUUCAGAACAGAGAAGGAAAAGACCCUUUUAUGAUUCAUCAUGAUGCCACAAAGCUAUUAUUCUUUGUUUAACUCAUUUUACCUGUAUCCAUUUUUUCCCUUUCUAUCCUUCUCCACCUUCACUCCUACCCACCCAGUCCCCCAUCAUAUCCAUACAGUGUCACUGUGACCUACUGCUAGCAUAUUGGCUAGUUAAAAAGACAGACAGGCUGAGAAAAAGAGGUCUUAUAUGCACAGACAGACAGAAAUGCUAUUUGACGUUCAGUGACAACUUGAAUGGAGAGACAAGUUGCAAACAUACAGCAAAUCUAUUGAGAUGUAUACGAGAAAAAUCAUAUUUGUAUGAAAUGAUCUUGAAUUUAUGAACAGACAAUGACUUUGAGAUUAUAGACAGAGAGAUCAAGUGCUGAUAGCAUUUGCAGUUGUGUUAGGGAAACGGGGAAGGGGUUACAUAGGAGAGAGAUACAAUUUUUCUUCAGAAAUAAGUGGUCUUCAAAACUAAAAGAUGUGUUUUCAAGUCCCUCAGCCUCACUAAAAUUUAUUUUAGCUUUAUGCAUGGUACUGUAUCUGUUAACUUAAAGUUUAUUCCCCCCCCCUUUCUUCUCCCAAAGCUUAAUCCCAUAACAAAGAUCGUUCCAAAAAAAGAGUUGCUCUAAAUGUUUUGCAAUGGUAAAACGUAACAUCAGGGCUCUCGCAAUA